UUUUGUAGGUUCCUCAUGGUCCAGUGAACAAUUUCACGUAUUUGAGUUAACUCGACAACUGCCUUGCUUCUCCAUGUAUACACUAUUCAAGGGCACACCUCCAACCAAUCCCUCCAGCUUUGUCAGCUUUAAACUUAAUGAAAGAAUCCAAAGAGUAGAAAUGUGGUUGAAUCAGAACUUUCUACUUACCCAAGAGGUAUGGAGUAGUGACAGAGACAGUGAGUGGAGUACCUGUCUCAGUUGUCUGCGUGAUGACACCUUACUACAGCUGUGUUGUAUGUGCAGGUAGAAAUGUGGUUGAAUCAGAACUUUCUACUUACCCAAGAGGUAUGGAGUAGUGACAGAGACAGUGAGUGGAGUACCUGUCUCAGUUGUCUGCGUGAUGACACCUUACUACAGCUGAAUUAUAAGAGUGGCACUUUACAAGUGGCAACUCC